AUGGUGGAAAAGAAUGACAAGUUGGUUACUAUAAAAAAAGGAAUUACUGACCAGAACUCCCUUCCUGUCAUUGUGGCAUCAAUGUAUGGUAGAAAGCGUAUGGUUCACUAUCUCUACUCCAAGACUCCAAAAAGCCUGCUAGACGGAUCAGAUGGUGUGUUGCUUUUGAAUAAUUUGAUCACCGCAGAAUUCUAUGUACCCGAUAUCAAGAAUUUGCAUGACAAAAAAUUGGUCAAUGAUGAAGCAAGUAACCUCCUUGGUCGCAUUUUUAAGGAAAUAAGAGGCAUGAGUGACUUAGAGCUUGAAAGAAUGGAAAUUGACAAGGCGGUGCACAAUGCCAUUAAGCAUGGGAUAGUUGAGUUCGUCGAUGAACUACUAACAUACAAUCCAGACUUCAUAUGGAGGAAAGACAAAAGAGGAAGAACAAUCUUUUCACAUGCAAUUAUUCUUCGCCAAGAAAAAAUAUUUAGUCUUUUCUAUAGAUUGGGACCAAAGAAGAGCAUAGUGGCGAGUCGACACGAUAUAUUUCAUAACAAUUUUCUACAUCUCGCAGCGAAACUCUCUCCCCCGGCUCAACUUGAUCGUAUUUCGGGAGCGGCCUUACAAAUGCAGAGAGAACUUCAGUGGUAUAAGGAGGUGGAAAGUUUAGUACAACCUAAAUACAAAGAUCAAGUAAAUGAAAGCCAUAGAAAGCCUGACUCUUUAUUCAGUCAAGAACACAAGGAGCUCGCAAAAGAAGGCGAAAAUGGAUGA